CCUUCCGUCUGCUGCGAAGGAAGAUCCAGGUCAGGAGAGAAGGGCCGCGCCUCUGCUCGCUAGCCCGCGUUUUACGAAAAAGGCAGUAGCGGUGUCUCGGAGCAAGAAGGAUGGAUAAAGCUGCUGGGGAUUUGAAGCAAGCCCUCCCAAACGUGUGUGAAAAUGUUCAGAUACAUGUGGAAAUUCAUCAGAAAUCAACCAGUGUGGCCAAGACAGAAGAUAUCAGGAUGAGUGUGUUAAAGCUGUUGAACAGACAUAACAUUGUGUUUGGUGAUUACAAGUGGACAGAAUUCGAUGAUGGUUUCCUUAACAGCAAUGUGCAGUCCGUGUCGAUUGUGGAUACAGACCUGAAACUAAAAGACAGACAGCCUAUUGACUUGAGCAAAAGCAAUCUUUCUCUUCAUAUUUUUCAUCUAAAUGAAGAAGGACCAAGCUCUGAAAACCUGGAAGAAGAGAAUGAGGAUAUCAUUGCAGCUAACCACUGGGUGCUACCAGCAGCUGAAUUUCAUGGCCUUUGGGAAAGUCUUAUAUAUGACACUGAAGUAAAAUCAGAUUUGCUUGAUUAUGUGACGACCACAUUACUAUUUUCUGACAAAAACGUUGACAGCAACCUGGUAUCAUGGAACAGAGUUGUUUUGCUGCAUGGCCCUCCUGGAACUGGUAAAACCUCUCUCUGCAAAGCAUUGGCUCAGAAGCUGACAAUUCGAUUGUCGUACAGGUACAGGUAUGGGCAAUUAAUUGAGAUAAACAGCCAUAGCCUUUUCUCUAAAUGGUUUUCUGAGAGCGGCAAGCUUGUAACCAAGAUGUUCCGGAAGAUUCAAGAGUUAAUUGAUGACAAAGAUGCUCUUGUGUUUGUACUGAUUGAUGAGGUAGAAAGCCUCACAGCAGCUCGCAGUGCCUUCAAGGCAGGCACAGAACCUUCAGAUGCUAUUCGUGUAGUGAAUGCUGUGCUGACACAAAUAGAUCAGAUUAAAAGGUAUCCCAAUGUAGUUAUCCUGACCACUUCAAAUAUUACGGAGAAAAUUGACAUGGCCUUUGUAGACAGGGCUGACAUAAAGCAAUACAUUGGACCUCCAUCUACUGCAGCAAUAUUUAGAAUUUAUCUUUCUUGCUUGGAAGAACUGAUGAAGUGUCAAAUAAUAUAUCCUCGACAGCAGCUGUUGACUCUCAGAGAGCUAGAGAUGAUAGGCUUUGUCGAAAAUAAUGUGUCACGGUUAAGCCUUGUACUAAAAGAAAUCUCAAGAAGAAGUGCAGGUCUUAGUGGCCGGGUCCUGAGGAAACUUCCUUUCCUAGCACACGCACUUUAUAUUCAGUCUCCCAGUGUCACAAUGACAGCGUUUCUUCAGGCUCUUUCACUUGCCGUAGACAAACAAUUCGAAGAAAGAAGGAAACUUGCAGACUGUGUGUGACAGUCUGCUAUUUCAUAGAA